GGGUUGGCUCAGAGACCGUGUCAGUGUGGCACACUGGAGCACCGAACAGAGAACCGGCAGAUACUGAAGAUGGCUAACUGACCAACAUGGAUGCAGCUAAAUUCAGGCUCUGUUCGAAUAUGGAGGCCUCAUGGUGUAUGAAAUAGUAUGGAACACUGGGCCAACUGCUGGAGUGAUGAUCUGAGAAAUUCACUGGAAAACCCCUCUUCAGGUCAUCUUGCUCUCUGUAACAUAACUCAGCCUCACCUGACCAUGGCCAGCUCUCACAGGAUUAAAUAACAGGGGAAUAUCCAGUGAUGUCACGACCCCCGACAAAGUACCUCUGAAUGCUCAGGAAAUGAAUGGAGUGAUGGAAAAACAGAGGGAGGCAGAGAAAGAGAAGGACAGCGAUGCUGCGGACGGACUAUUUGCACAACAUGCAGAAACACAGGCCAGCCACCGGAGGGCGACAGAAAAACAUAAAUACAGCACUUUGGGUUAUCAGAAGAAGAAGCAGAGGCCUGUGGAUUUCUCUACAGUGAGUAAGGGAUCGUCUGGCAGCAGUAGGUCUAGAGGAGCACUGAUGCAGGCGCUGUUCAGUCAGAAUGCAUCUGAAAAGUCUUCUACUCAGGAGGAUAAAGGAGUUGCUGCUGGAGGUCAGGAGCAGGUGGAGGUGCUGAAACAGACCCUGGAGUCGUUCCCUUUGCCAGCUGAGAUCAGCUGGAGGUGGGGGGAGGAAGACAAAGCUGAUGUCCUGGAGAAGAGCUGGACAGACAUAGUGCACUCUCAUGAGUCAAUGUCCAAAACCCAGAGGCACCAGCAGGAAGCGCUAUGGGAACUCCUUCAGACUGAGCUUGUUUACAUCAACAAACUUACCAUCAUCACUGAGCUUGUUUUAUCUGCACUGGAAUAUGUUCAUCAGCGGGGAUUCCUCCUGGAGGUCACUUCUGCCCAGCUCUUCUCAAACCUUCCCUCCAUCCUCGAAGCUCAUAAGCUCUUCUGGCGGGACGUGAUGUACCCCAUGUUAAUAAACGUCCGGCAGACUGGACAGCCUUUCGACCCUUUGAAGCUGGAGCCGGGAUGUCUGCAGUUUGCAGAGCGAUUCUCUGCAUAUAUGGAUUACUGCUGGGAGGAGGAGAGAAAUGUGGAGUUCACACGCAGACAACUGGAAUCAAACCCACAAUUCCAGGCAUAUCUUUUGUGGGUGGAGACUCAUCCACAAUGUGUGCGAAUGCGCCUGGGUGACAUGCAGGCGAAGCCCCACCAGAGGAUCACGAAGUACCCCCUGCUAUUGAAAGCCAUUCUGAAGACCACAGAAGACACCCACACACAGGGCACACUCCACCGCAUGUUGAACAGUGUUGGACAAUUUCUGGACAGCAUCAACGACUACCUUCAGUUUAAGGAUGAUGAGCUGGCUCUCUUUGACCUUUCUCAAAGAAUAGAGGGAUAUGAGACACAGGGGAUGAAUGAAGAGAUAGACAAGUUCAUACAAGAGGCCUGUCGCUUUGAUCUGACUAGCCCUGUCCAGGGAAUGGGCCCUACAGUCAUACGCAAGCUGCUCAUGGAAGAAACCCUAAAGGUUAGAGGCCGGAAAGACAGUAAGCUGGAGGUGGUGGCCCUGCUCUUCACUGAUGUUCUACUGCUGACCAAAAGCCAGAAGAAAUCAGAGAAGCACAAGGUAGUGCGCCCCCCGGUGUCCCUGGAGAGAACACACUGUGCUGAGCUCAAGGACGGCUACUCUUUUGUGUUGGUAGAGGCGAGUGAUCUUGGUUGUGCAGUCAAUGUGUACAGCGUCUCUGCCCCCAGCCCAGAGAGCUGUACAGCGUGGGUCUCUGCGAUUAACCAAGCCAAGGAAGCAUUGGACACCUUAAGGAGAAACCAAAACCAACCUAAACCAAAGGAACCCAGUGAGCCGACUGAAUUAGAGGAGACAGAAACGCUUACUUCUCCCAUCAUUCAGGUCUCUGAGAACAAAGAGGAAGGAGUAGAGGAGCAAUCAGAGUUUACUGGCACUUUGUCUCAGGUUACACCUGACCUAAAGAUUACAGGUAACCAUUUAGUGAGUGAAGAAUAUUUACCAGUAGAAGCUGAGGUGCAAAAUUCCCACAUUCCUGUAAUACAUGCAAGUUCUUUAAACAAACAAAUGCAAAACCGAGACAAAAAGUCCCCUGAUGAAACAAUGCAGCAAUCUAGAGGAACCGAGAGCAGAGAAUAUGAUCAGCAGGAGGACAUGAGUGUAAAUGAAAGACGAGUUACAUGGAGCCAUAAACCCACAGACUUGAAUGGCAUUUCAGAAGACUCAGAAAACAACAAGUCAAAUGGUCCACAUUCCCAAGAAUCCACCUCCUGGCAGGAAUCCUGGAAAUCAGGUGAAGUAGAUGAAGCUCUGUCCGAAUCAUCGAGAUUCUACAGAAAAUUAAAGUCACCAAGGUUACGGAGGAAGCGUAUAAUGAAUGCUCAGCCUGCUGUUCCACCCCAGGGCUCCAGGAGAAUGUCAGAUGGGAUAGAAUCAGCAAAGAUAUUACCCAACAGAAAUUCCUCCUCAAACUCAGACUCUGAUGGGAACAAUAGCCAGCGAAGGCCCUCGGAUACCGCCUCCAAACCCCAGGAUUCGCACCUGGUGCUCAAGCUGGGCUCCUUAAUGCGGAACCCAGGUGUCUUCUGGAACGCUUCCACUGAGAGAUCAUCCCCUGACCUGCAGACGCUCUCUGAGCCAGAGCUGCCUAAAGAGUCACCUCAGAACUCUCCUAAAUUUACUCGAAAGAAAAGUCAGAGAAGGGCUUCUGUACCUGAGGCCAUUUACACUAACAGCCAAAGCUUACCCCAAAAUAUCCCCCCCAGACUCAGUCCCUCACCCCCGACAGCGCCUGACCCCCGGAUCCACCCCUCCCCCCUCCAGGGCCUUCUAGCGAGGGCCAAGGAGCGAGACAGAGACCGAGGGGUGGCUAAAAAGGAGGGAAAGCCAGCUGGAAAUAAAAAUUCACUUCAGAGCCCUUUCUCAGUCUCCAGCACCCCGUCACCCUCACCCAGUGAAGCAGAAGAGCAAGAUCUGCUCAGACUACACAGAGGGAGGGAGAGCAGUGUGGAUGGCCCUGAGAUUGAGUGGAGAAACAGCCCUGUUACUCCCAUGGGUGCGAGUGUGGACUGGCCAGGCUGGUGCUUUGAUGAUGCAGAAGUGCUGGAAUUCUUGAGACCGUCUGAUCAGACAGACUGGUUCAACCAGACCCUGACAGAGUUCCAGGAUACACCAAGACACGAGGAUGGAGAGUACAGUGAAGUCUAGAGCCAUGGACACAGUGUGUAAUGCUUCAUAUGCUUCAUGUGCACCAGAAUGUACUGCUGGAACCUCUGACCUGAGUAGGAACUAGGGCCAAAGUGCAGUUUCCUCAAAAUAAAGUGUAGUUAAACGUCUGACCUGUGUUCUCCUGCUCCAAAAAAAAGGUUUUCAGUGUUCUGGUGUUUGACUCAGAGCUGAAACACAUUACAAAACAACCUGCUUUUCAUCACAUUUUCAAUCAUGUUUUUACUGUCACACAGAAACGGCAAACAGUAUUUAACCACGUAGAUAUUUCCCCUUUUAUUGCUUUUAUACAUUAAUUUACCUUCAGUAUAAACUGCCUUUUUUGUUGGAUGUUUAAUAUAUACAAUGUAAACCACGUGAUUAAAUUAUUAAAGUAUUUACUCUCUUAAAAGUGACUGCUGUGAAUGUAUCUCAGGUGUUUGUAGUAUAAAGAGACCUGAGUGGAAGAACCACUCUGUAUUCCUGCAAAUAAAUACACCAUAAAGACCAAAGAACACAAUUAUACAGAUCUGAGAAAAGCUUAUUAAAGAGAAUACAUCAGGAGAUUUAGAGAAAAAAAUUGUGAAAAAAUAUCACAAAUCACCAAGCAUCCCUUGGAGUUAAAUGCAUCCGUUAAAAUUGUAAGAAAUAUGAUGCAAGUGCAAAUCUGUCUAGAACAGACCAUUCUGUUGAGAACAGGCCAAAUCUGUUUGUACUUCUAUAUUUAGGAGGUUGUUCUUUUUUGUCUUUUAAAAAAUCCAAAAUAUUUACAUUUAAAAAAGCAAUAAAAGGGGAAAACACUGCCAAACACUCUCUUUGUUUAAAAAAACUACCAUAUUAAUAUAGUAAUAUUACUGGGUUGUGAGACAUUAUGGAAAAGUCAUUCAUUCAGAUGUUAUACAGAAUGUAGGCCUAUUCAUUUAUUUUUCAUCCAACAACAAACUCAACAACAAACCUUCAGAGCACAGGUUGGGAACCACUGCUGUAAAUGUACAGAUUUGUUGCCUUCCAUGUAGAAGUUGCAUAUACUGUAUAGACCUCAAAAGUGUGUAUAAUCUAACCGGAAAGUGCACUAUUUUGAUAAAAUGUGGAAUUUUACUGUUGUAUAUACUGUGCUGUAAAUACUGUACAAAAUUCAUACAUCAAUUAUUUUAUUCAUCAUUUUUUAUUUUUGUUGUAUCUAUUUACAGUAUUUUAUUUGUAUACAUUUACACAAUAUCAUAGAUAAAGAUCAGCAUUCAAGGAAA